AUGUACAUUAACGGCUUAAAAUAUGCUUGCUCCACUUGCAUUAAGGGUCAUCGUUCUUCCCAUUGUAAUCAUACCGAACGUCCUUUAUUUGAAAUUCGUAAAAAAGGUCGUCCUGUUACUCAAUGCGCAUACUGUAGAGAUCUUCGAAAAACAAAACAAAUACAUAUUAAAUGUGCAUGCAAUGAUAAAAAAGGUAAAUAUAAAAUAACAAUAUAUGUGUGUGUAUGUGUAUGUGUAUGUGUAUAUUUAUACAUAUAA